GAGAGCAAGAACAGGAAGUGGGGAUGAGAAUGGACAGGAUGUGAAGGAGAGUCAGGUUAUAAAGAAAAGCAGAGGCCAAGAAGACAGCAAGCAGAAUGUCAGAGUUUGGAGUGUGUCAUGCUCUUCCACAGUGGAUCUAAUUGGUGGAGAGAAGAACAUGAAGCAGGGGACACACAGACCCUGCCUUCAGCAGCUGUUCAACUCCAGAAGAGAAGUCCACCGUACCUGAUGAGGAAAUGUUCUUCUACAGUCUGGUGCCUGGAUCGCUGGUUUGGGCCCGGCAAAGUGGCUAUUCCUGGUGGCCAGCGAUUGUCGAGCGAGAUCCCAACACAGAGGAAUAUUUGGCAUUUCGCACAGAGUCUGAUCUCACUCCGUAUAAGUGCCAUGUGACAUAUUUUGGAGAACCAGUAACUCGGGCCUGGGUCAUCUGCAGCAGAGUGAGGGACUACGCUGCCCUGACUGAGGAACAGCUUCUUAAUGAAGCUAACAAGGGCCUGAAAGAUUCCAUUUAUAUGGCCAAGGAAGCACUCAAACUGUCUUUGAAGGAGCGGUUAAUGAAGUUUGGGUUUCGUAGUCGUUAUGUGUCAGACAGAGAGAGCUCAGAGGAUAGUGAUGUCGCAGAGAUAUUGGAGCUGCUUUGUGGGACGGUUGGAAAUGGCAAUGACUGUGGUGAUGAGGAUUCAUGGAGUCAGCAGAGGUCAGUAGGGAGAAAACAAAAAGGGAGAAAGAGAGAGGGGAAGUGGAACAGAUAUGGAAAAGAAGAUGAGACAUACGGAGAGGACACCGCAGGCCAGAUCGUGCCUCAGAACACCAUGGAAACAAGCACCGACAUGACCUUUGACCUGGACAUGUAUUCUGAAGGAGAAGAGAUGGAGAGAAAGAGAGAGAGGGCAAAGAACACAUUUCAUGAAUGGAAGAUCUACUACAGAUUAUCCUAGGGCUCUCGCUAGUGUUCAGACACCUGACGAGAAGAGGGAACAUUUAGGAGGCUGUUGAAAGUCCCCAGCAAAACGAUGAUUUAUGGCUACUUCAUGGAUGGUUCUGAAGACCUAGCAACAGUAACUCAGGGGGUGGGGCUUUGCGAAAGGU